GCUUCUGCCAUCCAGCUGGUAGCUCCAGUGGCGAUCCACUGGCGAUGGCCAGAUGGAGGAUGCUGCCGAAGUAAACGAUGACAAGGGACCCCCGAAGUGUUCGGCCUCGGCAAAUGGGGAGGCUGAAGUCACCCAAAGGACAGAGGCCGAGGGAACAAAGGAUGAAGAUAACGUGGAGGAUGAGGAUGUCGAAAGAAGUCAGAAGGUAGAAACAAGUGAGGAUGUUGCAAAGGUGGAGGAGAAAGCAGUUGUUGAAGAGGAGAAGGCCGUGGCUGAGGAGGAUAAACUUGAAGAAAAGACUGUAGUUGCAGAAGAAAAAACGGAUGAAGAAGAGAAGGUGGUUGAAGAGAAGGUGGUUGAAGAGAAGGUGAUUGAAGAGAAGGUGAUUGAAGAGAAGGUGAUUGAAGAAAAGGUGGAGGAAGAGAAGGUGGAGGAAGACGAAAAGCUGGCUGAGAAGAAAGUAGAGGUAGAAGAGAAACUGCUUGAAGAGGAGAAGGUAGAGGAGACAACAGUGGUGACUCAAGAGGACAAGGUGAACGACAAGGAGACGGACUCCUUGGAGACAGAGGAGAAGAUUUCGGCUGUACCUCAAGCGGUGGACCCCGUUGGCGGGAAGCUGGAGGAGACCAAAGCUACUCCUGAAGACGAGGCCAGUGAGGAAAGCCCAUCAGAUCAAGCAGGAGAAGAACAGAUUCAGCUUGCCGAACCAGAGGAACAGGAACCACCAAAAGAUGAAGGAGAAGAGGAGAAGGACGGGCCAAAGGAUGAGGGAGAGGCCAGAGAAAGACCAAAGGAUGAGGGAGAGGAGGCGGAGAAGGUUGAGGUGAACGGAGAGAACACAACCCCCAUUGAUGAGGAGAAGGCCAAAGAGCAGAUGCAAAAACUCGCUGAGUUGGAGGCUGCCUUGGCUCCCUUUUCGGCGCCGGAGACAAAGGUCGAGCUGCCAGAGACGGCGGAGGUUGCCCCCGAGCAGACGGGCGAGCAGAGGCGCUCGCAGUCUCGCACUGCCGGCACGGCCGUGGCCUUCCCCGCGGCCAAGGGCGCGGACACUGCCGAGGCGCGGCAGGCGGCCAAGGUGUCGCAUGAGAAGCGCGAGAAGCAGGCGGCCAAGGAAGAGGCCAAGGAACGCGGCCUGCGCGCCUGGCGUUCCAAGAGCCGUGAGAAGAAGCGGAGCCGCGAGAAACGCGACGAGAAGAAGCGCAGCCGCAAGCGCAGCCGCCGGCGGAGCGGCACACCGCGAGGCAAGACCUGCGCCAAGUCGCCCAAGCGCAAAGCCAAGUCGCCCAAGUCGCCCAAGCGCAGCGUGUCCAAGCGGCGCAAGAGCCCCUCACGGCGGAGGCCCAGCCGCCGUCGCUCCUCCAAAGCCCGGCGCCGCGACCCGCGCUCGCCGCUGCCGCGGCGCACGCGGCCGGCCGCGAAGCCGAAACGCUCUACGAGCAGCGGCGCACGGCGGGCGCGGCGGAACUCCAGGGAGAAGAAGCGGCGCGCAAAGUCCAGCAGCUCUUCUCCACCCAGAGCCAAGCGGAAACUAUCACCGCCCACGGUGAAGCGGAAAGUGGAGGAGCCGCGCCGUCGCAAGACGCCGCCGCCCAGCUCUAGCGCUUCGCCGCCGCCGAAGAAGGCAGCGCCCAAGCCGAAGCCGCCGGCGCCGUCGCCGGUGAAGGCGGUGAAGGUCGCGAAGACGGCGCCGGUGAAGAAAACUAUCACCAAGAAGACGCAGAAAAAGGUCGGCUCAAAUUCUUCAACGUCCCCUGCGCGGCCGGACAUCAAAAAGGCCGCGGAGCCGGAGGCGCCGGCGCCGGCGGCGAAGGGCACGAAGAAGACGACCAAAGAGGCGAAGGUCAUAGAGAGCAAGGAGAAGAGCAAGACUCCCAGUAGCGUCAACAAGGAGAAAGUGGAGAAAGCCAAGGCAGCCCCGGCGCCGGCCGUGCCGAAGGAGUCGAAGCCGGAAAAGGCGGCGCAAAGCAAGGCGCCGCCGCGCGCCAAGGCCUCGGCGACCAAGGCCAAGGCCACGAAGCCGGCGCCCAAGGCCGCGACGGCGGCGACGACGAAGGCGGUGCCGGAGAAGGCGAAGAAGGCGAAGAAAGCCAGCGCUCCCGCCGCGGCGCCCAAGGCGGCCGCGCCCAAGCGGAAAGCGCCAGCGCCACCGCCGCCGGGCAGUGAGGAUGACAGCGAGAUCGAGAUCGUCGGUGCGGACAUCAACUGGUCCUCGCGUCAGGCCAAGGCGGCGGCCAAGAGUGCGGUGAAGCACAUCACCGUGGCCAGCGCGGAGCGGAAGCCGGAGGAGGUUUUAGCUCAAGCCUUGAUGGAAGUCUUAGGACCCAAAGUCACCGAAUCUGAAGCCGCACGGCGGCGCCGCAUGCAGAUGCAGAUGAUGGCGCAGCCAGUGGACGUCACAGCGCCGGCGCCGGAGGAGAUUCCCAAGCAGCGGGAGCAGCUGGAGCAGAAGCUGAAGGUGACGCAGCGGCAACUCUUGCAACUCCAAUUGGGGAUGAAGCAGCAACAGCUUGAGAGCCUCAAAGCUCGCAUCCAACGCUUCGCCAAGAAGCCCCGGAAGCCGCGCAAGGCGGAAAAAGCCGCGGUGGAGCCGACAGCGUCGCCGUUUAGUCCCAAGGAUGUGGACAAGGCAAAGCCUCCAGCCGCUCCAGCCGCCGCGCCAGCCGCGGCGCCAGCGCCUGCAGCAGCGCCUGCCGCAGCAGCCGCGCGGCCGCCACCUGCGGCGGCAUUGAAGAAGUCGUUGGCAGAUGCCUAUUUCUCGAAGAAGGCAGAACUGGAUAAGCAGAAGGCCUUACUACAGGAGAAACUGCAAAAACGACAAGCGCUGGCUAAAGCCCAAGUGAUGGACUUGGAGUCGGGCGAGUCAGGUUUGAGCCCCGAAACGCCCUUGGUCAUCCAGGAAGACAUUCUGCGGGUUGGUGACAUGGUGACUUUAAGGUGGGCGACCUGCACCGUGACGCCGCCGGCCGCCUGA